UCUUAGCUUAGGGUGUUAAACCAUUAAAAGGACCCCUUCAGCCAUCAACAACUAUACCUCGUCGGCCACCACCAUGGCAAUCAGCAUUGAAGACCACCACCUCCCGUACGAAACACACAACCUCUACGAUGUCAAAUUCUUCGAUGACAGGAUCCACACUUUAGUCACCCACACGUCUUCCUUCGUCAACACAUGGAUCGCCGAAACCCAACAAAAACUCCUCCAAAACAACAACCAUGCUCACCGUCCACUUAUAGUUGGCCUUGACGUCGAGUGGAGGCCCAACAGGUUCCGUCGAAUCGAAAACCCAGUUGCCACACUCCAGCUUUCAGCUGGCAAUGACUGCUUGAUCUUUCAACUCCUGCAUUGUCCCACUGGUAUCCCACAAUCCCUUCAUGAUUUUUUGAGUGACAUGACUUAUACUUUUGUUGGGGUGGGUAUUGAGGGUGAUGUGAAGAAGCUAACGGAGGAUUAUGAGCUGAGCGUGGGGAAUGCAGUGGAUUUAAGGGGUUUAGCUGCUGAGAAAUUGGGGGAUUCGAGGUGGAAGAAUUCAGGGGUAAAAAGGUUGGCGAGGGAAGUUUUGGGGAAGGAGAUUGAGAAGCCGAAAAGGAUCACUCUGAGUAGGUGGGACAAUCCGUGGCUUACUCCUGCUCAAGUUCAAUAUGCUUGUCUUGAUGCCUUUUUGUCUUGCAAGAUUGGGGAGAGUUUGGUGGCUGCUUGAGCUACGGUUCAUGAUGGGAUUUGAGGGCUUCUAGUUAUGCAUCUUACUGGAUGCUUGCUAUAAAGUAUUUCAAUGUAUUGAACUGUUUUUACAUCGUCACAGUUACAUUAUCUUACAGCACAGAAUGAUUUCUACUUUA